AAUAAAAGUCGGCCAUUUAGAAAAUAUUAAACUACUUUGUAAACAAAAUGCCGAAAAAUAUAACAAAUGAAGUGCGCGAUAUAAUUUUAAAGGUAAAAGAAUUCAUGGACGAGGAGAAACGAAUGCAAGUACCAAUAAUACCGCUCAGUAAAGUAUACGUAAGGGUGUCUGCCGCCACAGGAGUAUCAGAAAGAACAGUGCUCAACAUAGUUAAAGAAGCCAGGCUUGUAGAACAAGGGUUGUUAGAUCCAGAUACUUUGAAAAGGGCACCCAAGAAACGUGUCCGAACUAAAGGGAAGAUUGAAGUAAGUGAAUUUGAUUUGCAAGUUAUACGAAGAAAAAUUCACGAGUUUUAUGCUUUCAAAAAAGAAGUGCCUACUAUCAACAAACUAUUGCAAAUCUUGAGAGAUGACAUCAACUUUAAAGGUUCACGCGAAACAUUAAGAAAAAUUCUUCGUAAAAAUGGUUUCCAGUUCCGAAAAACAAAGAAUAAUAAAGACAAAGAACAUCCAGCGGAAUCUACCUCAUCUGUCCCCCAGAUGAUUACACCAUAUUUUAGAAUUUAAACUCUUAUGAGUAAGGUUCAUUUUAACUGUGUAAUUGAUGGCUGAUCAGUUACACCAUACAUUCACUAUGUUCAAUCAAAAAAAUAUUCAAUGAUAAUCUUCUUUAUAUUUAUAAACUAGGUUGGUAAGAAUAACUUAUGUUGGUAAGCUUUUUGUUUUACCAAUUGUUGUCUUGUCUAUGGUAGUUGUAAAAUUAAUUGAAAAUUUAAUAACUGAAAAUAACUAUGGUCCAUCCAGACCAGGUAUAGACAAAUCAUUGCUUAUUAUAAUUUAUCUGACUUCAUUUACACAUUGAAUUCAAAUAUUUAAAAAGUGGUUCAUCAACAUGCUCACAGUGCUAUCCGGUUGUUUGAUUCUACCAGAGCCCUGAUCUUCUAUUGAAUUACAUUCAAAAUUGCUUUUUUAAGGCACACCAUUUAGAGUCAAUUGAGAUUCUACUCAAAUUAAUACAUUAUAAUGUUAGCUUUAUAUUAUGCAACAUAGCAUGGUGUGAAGUGUAUGACGCGUAGGCACCGCGAGUACCACUCGUCAUUCACUAUGUAUAUAGAAAAACAAGUAAAAUAGACAUAGUUAUGUCACAUACAUCUAGGGACAUAAACAUUUUUUUGUGUGAACUCUCAUUUUAUAUUUGACUCCAGUAAGUGUAACUUAAUACAGUGUGCUAAGGCCUUGUUGCAAGGGAAAGGCAGAUAAGCUUUAUUGACAAUUAAUGAUGUCACUUCUUUUUCGAAGGGACAUUUGCCGAGCCAGAGGUGGUUACAACUGAACGGUUGCUAUGGUUGCUAGGUUGUAGGUUGGAGUCAGGGCCCAGGACAAUCUGAUGGUGUUUUCUCUCAUUGAUCAUUGAUAACUGAUAGAAUUUCAAGAUUCUGGUCUCUAGGGCUGUUUAUCCCUGUCACUGGUUUUAAUGGAUCUUCAUAUAUUAUUCUUUUUGAUUGGAAAAGUUGUAGAUUCUCAGUUAGAUAUAUUAAAAACUAAGUUAAGUUUUUGAAUAAAUAUAGUAGUUGUAUUAUUAUAAGAUAAACUUAUAUAGUGGAAAAAUAUUAUAUCUUAGAUGUAAGAUUUCUGGAUUUAUUACCUGAAAACCAGAAAGUACUAACAUUAUUACCCCUGCACAGCUAGCAUAACAGGAGACAAUUAUCUCCCCAGGAAAACAAUAAAAAUUUGUCUUCUCCCACAGCUUUAUCAACUCUCAGAGCACUGGUGCUACUAACUGGAAAUACUAUCUAAAUAAUAUAUGGGGAUAAACUUCUUCUAUUCUAUGGAAUAAAUUUCCUCUUAAGGGAUAGAUUUCUCCUAUUCCUGUUCCCGUGCUUUAGCAGGUGGAAAUUUUAAUUAUAUCCCUUGUCAGGGGAUAUAAUUUUUGUCACCUACCUGUGCUAGCCCUGCAGAAGGGAUUCAGUAGACAUCAAAAAAGACAACUUUUAAAUAAUAAUAGACUAAUAAUUUAUACAUAAAGUUACAAUAGAGUUUAAGUUACAUAAUUUGAUAAAUAAUUUAAAAAAAAUAACACUACUAGUAAAUAAACCUGCCUCAUAAAUUAUUUUCAAAGUAUAACUUGGUUUUUAUACUGUUAUUUUUGAUAAAACACAAACAACAAACAACAUGAUAUUUUCAAACAUGGCUAUCAAUCAUGUGCUUUUAUAAAAAUUAUUUAUAGGCACAACCAAAUAUUAGUGAUUUGCAUUGGCGUUAAAAUGGCAUAAUGGUAAUUUAAUUAUAUUAGUAAAAUAUACUCUUGUUUUGUAUUUAUCAUUGUCAUUUGUUAUAUUUUAUUGUAAUGAAGGAUUAUUAAAUACUAUGAAGUUAGGGGCUAAUUUCACCAACCAACUAUUAAAAAGGCAUCACCAAACGGAUCGUCAAAUUAUAUAUACAUUCUGAGAUUAAUAUAACAGACCUUCAAUUAAUCAAACAAAUCAGCACAGUGUAGUUUAAAACCAUAAAAAUGUAAUGUCUCUUUAUUAUUACCCAACUACGGGAGAGUAAUGGGUUUAAACGUUUAUAAACGUUUAUAUGUAUGCAUAACCCGCGCCGUUAUUAAAUACAUUUUUAAAAGGCGCCUGACGUUUUGUUGUUAACGUUUUAAACCGCAGAUAUAGUCAAAAUUAACGCUAAAGCAAUUUCUCAAUGGGUAUCGUUUUUUUCCAUUUACCAAUUGUUUCUGAAGUAACAUUGACGCCUUUGAAACAAGAUGUUUGAUAAUAAUUUAAUUUAUUAGCUAUUAUUAUUUAUUACAGUUUCGAUUGUUAACUUAGGAAUAAGAUUUGCACCCGAAACCACGUGCAGCGUGCCCUGCAAAAUAUUUGUUGCUUUCCUCACUAAGUAGAUUGUAUUUGUAAAUUAAGAGGCAUAAAGCAAUUACCUUUUACCUCUUUUUGAGCUUAUUUUAAUUUGUUAACUAUGACAACUGAUUGGCUACCGAAUGGUGUUUCUAAAGAUAAACAUGUCCGUGCAACUGUAUCUAACUAAAAUUUCCUCGAAUAUUGUCACUGCUUUUGGGCUUGAUAUUUAGUUCAGGAUUUCUGUACAAUUUACAUACAGAAUUAACAUUACUGUUUACCAAUGCUAUGUGUUAACAGCAAUUGAAAUAUACAGAUCUCUAUUCACUAUAGGUAUUAUUAUUGUAUGUAAGUCUUAUGUAAUAUGUGUAUGCAAUUAAUUGUUUUAAAAAAUAUAUGAAGAGUGGUAAAAUUAGUUAAAUAGAUAUAUGCAAUAUGUUAAUCACGCAACCAUAGUGUGAAAAAAACUUUCAUAUUAUGAAAAUCUAAGCACUUUUUCAGUAGAUACGCACGAUCUUAAUAGGCCUGGACAUCGUAAGUCACUAGUGACCGCGCAUAUAGUUUUUUACCGACUUCGAAAAAAGGAGUAGGUUCUCAAUUUAGUUUUUUUUAUGUUUGUUAUAUCAGAACAUUUAUUAACAGAUUUGGAAAAUGUUUUAGGUGGGCCCAAUGGACACUUUGACUAAAUCUAGGAAUCCUGGUGAAAUUCAAAUUUAGUAGGCACACCUAUAGCGAAUUGAGUAUUUUUGAUAGUAACUAACUUGUACAUUUUCACAAGGCACAACUUGAUAAAGUAAAACUGAUAAGGAUUUCACGGGUGAUGAGUUUAAUAUGGUUGCUUACCAAUUUUAGCUCAUCAUAACCAAGAGACUGCUCUACCAUGGUAGGUACACGCGCUAUUGUUUCGAAGAGCCACCUACGAGCUACGGGCAAGUAAGAUUGUGCAUACCCGUACAUUUAUUUGUGAGACUAAUUAUAUAUCUAUUAGUCAUGUAGCCAACAUCUUGUAUUAUACGUCUAUACCCAAUUAUAGUAUUCCUGUACCUUAAUAAUUAAAUGUUAUUUUGGAUGAGGCGGAAAUAAACGUAUUUUUAGCGUAA